AUGGAUCCCGGCUUCUCCUAUCAUGACGCCGAUUUGACUAUGUGGUUUCUAGCCCAUGGAGCAAACCCUAACCAGCGAUGUGGUAAAGAUCGCACCACACUGUCUACCGCUUUUCAAGUUGCCAGCUUCGAGAUCAUUCAGAAGCUUCUUGAACACGGUGUCGAUGUAUUCCAAGGCCAGGUGCUGCAUUAUGCGGCAAGACGCCGAUUGGAUGAUCGACUCCAAGUUCUCGAUUUCCUCCUUGAGAAAGGUCUACCGAUCAACAACAUCAUGUUUCUGUACUCCGAUGACUAUUACGCCAAUAUGUUUGACGGUAUUGGUACUCCGCUUCAUUAUGCGGCUGAUGCGGGUCUACUUGACCUGUCAAAUAUCUGGUUGAGAGAGGAGCGUCAGCAAGAAUCCGAGAUCCCGCAGGACGAAUCGCUCUCAACUGGGCCGAAUUCAACAACCACAAGGCCGUAA